GAUCUCUCUCUGUGGGAGUCAAACUCGAGCCUCGGUCAACAGACGUUGAAGCAUCACGAACUACCGCCGAUAACUCCGGCGGUCGCCGCCGAUGGACUCCUCUUCGUCCUCGGUCCCUGCUGCUGCGGCUGCGGAGGGGGCGCCUCCGGCGGGGGAGAAUCUGGCCGUGUUCUGGCACGAGGGCAUGCUGGCCCACGACGCCGGCCGCGGCGUGUUCGACUCGGGCCGCGACCCGGGCUUCCUCGACGUGCUCGACCACCACCCGGAGAACGCCGACCGCGUCCGCAACAUGGUCUCCAUCCUCCGCCGCGGGCCCAUCGCGCCCUUCCUCUCUUGGCACUCCGGCACCCCCGCCCACGCCAGCGACCUCCUGUCCUUCCACUCCCCAGAAUACAUCGAGGAGCUCGCGCAGGCGAAUGCCAGUGGACCCAAGAAGUUAUGUGAGGGCACUUUCUUGAACCCUGGUUCAUGGGGUGCCGCGCUUCUGGCUGCCGGAACAACCUUAUCAGCUACGAGGCACAUACUAGAUGGGCAUGGGAAGAUAGCCUACGCAUUGGUCCGUCCCCCUGGCCAUCACGCGCAACCGGACCAUGCCGACGGUUACUGCUUUCUGAACAAUGCCGGACUUGCUGUGCAGCUGGCUCUGGAUUCUGGCCGCGCAAAGGUUGCCGUUGUUGACAUAGAUGUGCACUAUGGAAAUGGUACUGCGGAGGGCUUCUAUUGCACGGACAACGUGUUGACAAUCUCUCUUCACAUGAAGCAUGGUACUUGGGGUCCUUCGCAUCCGCAGAGUGGCUCGUCUGAUGAGAUUGGGGAAGGCAAGGGGCUUGGGUACAAUCUCAAUAUACCUUUGCCUAAUGGCAGUGGGGAUAAAGGCUAUGAGUAUGCAAUGAAUGAAUUGGUUGUCCCGGCGAUUGACAAGUUUCAACCUCAGCUUUUGUUUUUUGUCAUUGGCCAAGAUUCUAGCAUGUUUGAUCCAAAUGGAAGACAGUGCUUGACCAUGGAUGGUUACAGGAAAAUUGCACAACUAAUGAGGGGUGUGGCUAAUCGACAUAGCGAUGGGCAAAUGUUGAUUGUCCAGGAAGGGGGUUACCACAUCAGUUAUUCAGCAUACUGUCUGCAUGCGACACUAGAAGGCGUUCUGAAUCUUGAGGCCCCGUUGCUGGAUGACCCAAUCGCAUACUAUCCAGAGGAUGAGAAGUACACCAUGAAAGUUGUCGACGUCAUGAAGAAAUGCUGGAAAGAAUCCAUUCCAUUCUUGAAGGACAUUUAGAGACGCACACACAUCUUCAACACGGCGGCGGCGAUGCUCAAUUCUGAAUCGUGUCAUGCUCUACAUUUAUAGCCUUCUGCUGACCGCAAAGGGUAUGUUUAUUGGAGCAACUUGAAAAUGGAUGCACCUUCCCUCAACCCCUGAUUCCCCUAUAGGUUUGCUGCGUGAUUUGAUUUGUAAUGGUGUUUGUUGCUUAAGGUUCAGAUGAAUAUUCAGGCUUUUCCUUUUUCUUUUAAGAGGGAGAGGAUGAAAUCAGACCUUUUGCUUGAGCAGUUUGAUCACAGGUCACAGUAGAACAAGUCCGCAGACAUCUUUACGCCAACUAGUGGCAAAGUCUUGAUCGUCUAGUAAGGGAUGUUAGCUGUUACCCGUUGAAUUGAGAAUCUAUUUUUCGUUGCAUGCCGUCCGUUGAAUUGAAGAGAGCAUAUAUCUGUUGCAAAA